AUGGAGCAAAACUAUGGGGAGGUGAACCAGUUAGGCGGCGUGUUCGUCAAUGGGCGACCCCUGCCCAACGCCAUACGGUUAAGAAUAGUGGAGCUGGCUCAGCUCGGGAUCCGACCCUGCGACAUCAGCCGCCAGCUGCGAGUCUCGCACGGCUGCGUGAGCAAGAUCCUGGCGAGGUACAACGAGACGGGCUCCAUCUUACCCGGUGCCAUCGGCGGGAGCAAACCGCGGGUCACGACGCCCAACGUGGUGAAAAACAUCAGGGAGUACAAACAGGGCGACCCCGGGAUCUUCGCCUGGGAGAUCAGGGACAGGCUUUUGGCGGAUGGAGUUUGUGACAAGUACAACGUCCCGUCGGUCAGCUCCAUCAGCAGGAUUUUACGCAACAAGAUUGGAAAUCUGUCCCAGCCCAACCAGUAUGAGAGCAGCAAGCAAGCCUCUGCGCAGGCCGGGCUCUCCUACAACCACAUAUACCCUUACUCCUACCCCAACAUGUCGCCCACUGGCACUAAAAUGGGCAGCCCAGGAGUACCGAUGACAGCGGGACAUAUGAGCAUAUCCAGGGCCUGGCCCUCCGCACACACCGUCAGCAACAUCCUCGGUAUACGAGCCUUCAUGGAUCCUUCAGCCAUUGCUGGGGCAGAAGGAUAUCCACCAAAAAUGGAAGAGUGGAGUAGCGUCAACAGAGCAGCUUUCCCCGGAGCUCACACGGUCAACGGCAUCGACAAAGCAGCCAUCGACUCGGACAUAAAAUACGCACAGCCCUCCUCGACACUGUCCAGUUACGUCUCGGCGUGUGCUUACUCUCCCAACAACCAGUACGGGGUGUACAGCGGGCCGGCGGGCGGCUACGUGGCCCCGGGGCACCAUCACUGGCAGCCCCAGAGCCCGGUGCUGUCCCACCCGAGCGGCGGGAUGAGCGGCAUGCAUGCAGGGGAGAUCCACUCACCGAUGACCUUUAAGCAUCAGGCGCGAGAGGGAGAAAGAAAACCGACUGCUCUUCUGAACAAGCAGCAGCAACACGAGGACUUGAACAGUGUGCAUGGUCUCCCUACCUCAUCGUCAUAACCGGGACUUAUACCUCAAUUACCUGACCCAAAUUAACUGAACUAAUUUCUUGGACUCCAACAGUAAGUCUGAACACUAACGGCUUGUUUACCCGAGUGUGUGCGGCUCACAGUCCAACACACACAGGCCCAUUCACGUGCAUUAUGAACACAGAAGCUUUAUCGGCCUACUGGCUCAAUGAAUGUAAGCUUGCAUGGAUAUAUCGGUGUUGCCCCUGAAAAAAAUAAUUUGCUCAAUUGAAACAUUUCAUGUUGCUAAAUUGAUUUCUCUCAUCGAGAAUGUAGGAUUAAAAAAAUACAGUCACUGAAGUUUUAUUAUAAAAAAACAAGGGCUAAUCUGUAAUUUGAAAUAGAUUAUUUAGAUUUGUUGCCAUUAUUUCGAGUCCACACCCACUCAACGAUGUGAACAAAUACGUAAAUUGUCUAAAUGUAAAAUAUGUGCUAAAGCUUUAAUUAUAUAUUUUUAUAACUUCAUUGUAAAUAUUCAAAAAAUAAAUAAAGGC